AUGCACUUCCAAGCUCUCCCCGUUCUUGCCACCGUGCUUGCACUUCCUUACCUUGCCUUUGGUGAGCCAACGUGCUAUAAUAGCGACGUAUGGAAGGAUGAAGCUGCAAGAAGUGAAGCCGCGCACGCAAUUGACAAAUGGUGCAAUAAUCUUGCCCCUUCCAAAUGGGAACCUAGGAGGGAGAGAAAGCAGUGUCUUGAGGUCGAUUAUAGUCCGCAUAAUGUGAAUUUGUGGAUGAACAACGGAAACUUGGGUGAUGCAACCAUUACAGUCGACCAGUGCAAGAAGCUACUCAAGAAGAUCGUGGAUACCUGCCCUGGGGGCGGUUAUGAUCACACUAAAGACGGCUGGAAAUCAAAGCAGGUGGCUAAUCAAGUUGAACAUUGA